CGACUUAUCCGGAGUUUCUCAAAAGAUCAAGGGUCAUGAUUUAUAUGAAGAUUUGACCAUGACAGCUCACGUAAUUGAUAAGAGUGAUCCAAGGAAAUGCGCAAAGGCACUUUUUACAGGCGUACCUAGACAACUGGUUCGAUGUGAUCCUCCAUUCAAUGCCACCUUCAGGCGCGUAUCCGGCCAAUUAGAAAUAAAUGCGAUGUGGCGACAGGCGGACAGAAAAGCUAUCCGAAAUUACUAUGUGAGAUAUAAGACAGCAGGCAGCCCGCAGUGGAGUAAGAGAAUUCUGUCUGUGACAUCACCAUUGGAGGAGUGUGGUAAACAGGAGAGAUCUUGGGGUGGGGGAGCUCUUGCGGCACCGGAAAUCCACCACCAGCUCCUUGGUUUUCCAGAUGUUGAGCUGGAGCCAGUGCAAUCAAAAGAUGUGGAGAAGUGUAUUGUAGAGAAUGUGAAUUCCUCGUUGGUCCAUGAGGUGCAGAUACAAUGUGUCGCCAAUGAGAAAUGUUCACAAUGCCCAUGGAGCAACGGCUACACUGCUCCACCAGGUCAGAGUCCCCUGCAUUGCAUUUUUCCUAGCGGAGAACCGGUGGAGGGCUACCACGUGAGUGUUGCGAAAGCCUCGGGAGAGCCGCCGUCUGUAUGGAUGAACACCCGUCAUCCUGAGAUCAAACUGGUCCUAUCCUUCUCAGCCUACCUCCUCAGCAUCGCGGCCUUCAACAACGUCAGCACCUCCCCCGCUGUGAGCCGGACCAUACUGCCACCGGAGAACAGCAAGUAUUGGUUUCCACAGAGAAACAAAAGUGGACGCGGUUACCCAAAGACAAAGCUGAACGUGACAUUCAACAGUAACACGUCUUUUACCCUGUCUUGGAAAGACGACCUGUUCAAUUCCUGCUCAUGCUACAGCGUGGAAUGGUACAGCAGAGGACACGAGACUCGCUACAUGUCCUUUUUCGAGAACAAGAACAAGCACAAGACCAUUUCCUUUAAGGAGCCUCUGGAGCCCCACGAGCGGUACAGCAUCUCCCUCCACACGAGGGACACCCGCGAGACCUGCAACAUCAAGCACAUCAAUAACAGCGAGAGCACUUAUGGAAGUACGCACUUCUAUUUUACUGAAGGAUCUCCUCUCGGUGCUCCGACUAACAUCAGCGCACACAGCGUGACUGCAAGUUCCAUGGUCCUGCAAUGGACGUCUGUUCCAGAGGAAGACGUCAGAGGCGUCCUCCUGGGUUACAUCAUCUUCUACAACGAGUACCACCACAGGGCAACACGUACCGAGAAAAACGUGACCGUGGAGCCCACGUCGAACAGCCACGAGCUGGGAGGUCUAAGCAGCGGAACCGUGUACGUGGUCCAGAUUUCGGCUUUUACCCGCGCUGGCGUGGGAGCACGAAGCACAUUAAGCCACUUCGAAACAAGUCCUCAAGGUCAUCCGACUCUCGGCGUUGCCAUAGCAACCGUUGUCCUUUUGGUCGUUUUGAUAUGUUUGAUCAAAACCGUCUCUCUGCUGUUUAAGAGCGUAAAAAACAAGUUCUGGUCUAGCAUACCUAACCCCGGCAACAGCAACGCCGUGCAGAAAAUCGACGGGUCUUCUGAGCGGGAAAUUCAGAGGCACCUUAACACUCUGCAGUUAGAAGAAUGGGAUACUUACAGUCUUCACAUAAUCGAUAAAGGAGCUGAGAGCACCACUUCAGAGUUACUACCAUCAAAUCUUGCAGAAGCUGAGGGAAACUCAGACUCCGAACAGCUAUCGACCGAUAGUCUUAAUGUGGACUGGUUCCAAGAAGAGACAGAGACUGCAAGUGAAGAUCUCUUUUCUCACAUUACGGCAGGGGCAUCCGUGGACAUGCAACAGAAAGAGUCUGAGAGUUUGCCAUUCACUUUUCCGAGUGACUAUACAACCAUGGAAAUGUUUCAGCAGGCGACGCCUAGCAGCACCCCUGCUCUAACAACGGCUAGCAAUAAAGUCAGCAGCAGCAGUCCGUCCAGUACUGAACAUUGCACGUAAAUUUAGCAUUUUUACAUUCUGUUCUAUUUCAAAAAAGUUCUGAACAGAACCCUCUACAUGAUGAGUCGGGCCCAUUGGAUUAAUUAAACCUGAGGACAAUCUAUAAACACAAUAAAGACGGGACUGUGGGGCGUCUGGGUGGCGUAGUGGUCUCUUCCUAUGCCUACCAACACAGGGAUCAGUGGUUUGAAUCCCCGUGUUACCUCCGGCUUGGUCGGGCAUCCCUGCAGACACA